GGGCUGUCCAUAAUUUUAAAGGGUGCCUCAGGACUGUCCAUAAUUUUAAAGGGUGCCUCAGGACUGUCCAUAAUUUUAAAGGGUGCCUCAGGACUGUCCAUAAUUUUAAAGGGUGCCUCAGGACUGUCCAUAAUUUUAAAGGGUGCCUCAGGACUGUCCAUAAUUUUAAAGGGUGCCUCAGGACUGUCCAUAAUUUUAAAGGGUGCCUCAGGGCUAACCAUAAUUUUAAAGGGUGCCUCAGGACUGUCCAUAAUUUUAAAGGGUGCCUCAGGACUGUCCAUAAUUUUAAAGGGUGCCUCAGGACUGUCCAUAAUUUUAAAGGGUGCCUCAGGGCUAACCAUAAUUUUAAAGGGUGCCUCAGGACUGUCCAUAAUUUUAAAAGGUGCCUCAGGGCUGCCUACAAUUUUAAAGGGUGCCUUGACUGAAAAAAGGUUGAGAGAGCACUGCUCUAGACUAUGCUCUAAUCUAGAAAGCUCCACUCUCACUGACCAUCAU